AUUUUUGGUACCAAAAAAACCAACAGCCAGUGUCUUCCUUCCACGUGGCAAGCCACCUCGCUUCCCACCAUGGCUCCAUUAUAGAUGCUUCACCUCCAACUCCUAUGCUUCUCUUGUCUCUAUUAUCCUCCUUCACCUGAUUCCGAUAAACAGUUGCAGAUCUUUCUUCGUUUAAGACGAAACAAAAAGUUCUUUGUAUCUAUAUUGUUGUUGCAACAAUACGAGACGGAGACUCACAGAUUGGGGGUCUCGAUUAUGGGUAGUUUGAGCCGUGUUUUGGCGGUUUCUUACCCACAUAAACCGCUGUGCCUGUCUGGUCCUCACAGCUUACAUCACUCGAACUAUAGAUUUGUAGAUGUCAACCGCAAAUCGAGCUCGAAAUGGCGAUCUAUGGCGUCUGAGCUUGAAUCUUCUUCCUUCUCGCCUUCUAUUGACUCUGAUUCAACUGAUAAAACCGCCGCCGGGUUUUGUAUCAUAGAAGGGCCUGAAACGGUUCAAGACUUAUCCAAAAUGGAACUGCAAGAAAUUCGAGAUAAUAUUCGAAGUCGGCGGAACAAAAUUUUCUUGCAUAUGGAGGAGGUUCGUAGGCUGAGGAUACAACAGAGAAUCAAGAGUGCUGAACUUGGGAUUUUAAAGGAAACGCAAGAGAAUGAGCUUCCCAACUUUCCAUCAUUCAUCCCCUUCUUGCCUCCUUUGAGUGCAGAAAAUCUGAAGUUAUACUAUGCUACUUGUUUUUCUCUUAUUGCUGGGAUUAUCAUUUUUGGUGGCCUUUUAGCACCCACUUUGGAGCUUAAGCUCGGUUUGGGGGGGACAUCAUAUGAAGAUUUUAUCCGAAGUGUCCAUUUGCCUAUGCAGUUGAGUCAGGUUGAUCCUAUAGUAGCUUCAUUCUCUGGAGGAGCAGUUGGGGUGAUCUCAGCAUUGAUGGUAGUUGAGAUAAACAAUGUAAAACAACAGGAACAUAAAAGAUGCAAAUAUUGUCUUGGAACUGGGUAUCUUGCAUGUGCUCGUUGCUCAAGCACUGGCGCAGUUGUUCUUAUUGAACCAGUUUCAACAGUCAGUGGUGGGGCUCAGCCACUGUCAGCACCCAAAACAGAAAGAUGUUCGAAUUGUUCGGGAUCUGGAAAGGUGAUGUGCCCCACAUGCCUUUGCACUGGAAUGGCUAUGGCAAGUGAACACGACCCGAGGAUUGACCCCUUCGAUUAGAAGAGUGUAAUGAUAAUUCUGUCUCUGGAGUGGCAUAGCAGAUGAAAACGGCUCAUGGAUUGGUCCUUUGCUAGAUGUUUAUGAUUCUCUAUAUCCCUCGGUGCCAUAGAUUUCCAUGGGAUAAGAAAAGACUUGAUGUCUCCUUAUCAUGUCCAUGGUUACAGAAAAAUGCAACUUCUUAUUUAUCCUAUUUGUAUAUUUAACGUAAGCAAAUGAUAAUAUACGUAUCUUCCAAUUUGAACAA